UGUUUUGAUUUCGUUAAUUUUAUCAUGUCAACAAAUUUUUCACUUUAAUAUUUUUUUCCUUCAAAUUUUAUAUUUCAUGUUGAUAUUUAUAUAUGACAUUAGUAAUUUUACAGUUUUAAAAUUGUAUUUCAAUAUUCUGCAUAAUUUUCUCACGCUAAAAUAUGUACGACUAAAAGCUAUAUUAAAAAUACAAUUCACAGCUAGCGGUAGCAACACUAUGACUUAUUCAACAAAAUUGCAACCACACUAAGUUUUUUCGCAGGUUUUCUUUCCGUUUUGUUAAUAAUUAAAUAAUAACUUGUAGGUAGGAGGAGAGUUUUUAAAAUUAGAUGCGGGUGUUUUUCUGCACCAUUUGAAGAGGAGCUAGAGAAGGGUACACAACAUGGCGACAAAAUACAUAGUGUUUCUUUACCUACUUAAAAGCGUGAGCACAGAUAUUUUAAGAUUAGAAUGUAAACAAGAAGCAAAAUUUAAUGAUAUCACAACAAACAAAAAACUUGUUCCUGUCGGUCAGCCGCUUGAUCGUGUCAUUGUAAAGGGAAAGAGCGCAUGUGUAACACAUUGCAUGUUAAAGAAACACUGUUCUUCCAUUAACUACAAUCGUAAAACGUUGGAAUGCGAACUGCUGCGAGAGGUGACACAGGAUGUUGGAGUAAGCCUUAAUGAAAGUGACGGGUGGAGUCAUUUGCAGACAAGUGGUGACGAGCUUACGCUUGGUGAGAAUUGUGAGAUUAUGUCUCCCUGUGGCGGGCACAAAUGUCGCGAUACAUGCACACUGAAAGGCUACAGGUGUCUUUGUUCACCUGGUUUUGUUGGAGCAGAGUGCACAUCCUACCUAGGUCCUGGCGCCUAUUUCGAUUACCCAUCUUGGUCUAUUGAAUACUUGAGAAGUCAGCGUGAGUUCGGAUUGCAGGACGGUUUUUACUGGCUAGUCAAUUCAACUAAUGGGAAAACAGAAUAUCGCUAUGUUGAUGUUUCAAACACCAAAUUUGAUGGAACAUAUCAACAGCCUGCAGUAUCGUGUGCUCAACUAUUUGAUGAUUAUCCUUUGUUGCCAAAUGGUGAAUACUGGUUGAAUCUGAAUGGUACUCAAAAAAAAUUUUGCCAGCAUGCUGCUGUCAAUGGUGUUUGGAGUGCUUGGAUAAACAACAAUGAUUGUUCUGUUACUUGUGGAGAUGGACAAGAGACAAGAACACGUACUUGCAAUAACCCAGCUCCAUCUCAUGGAGGGAAUCAAUGUGUUGAUUCAAAGGGUGGUUAUGAGUUAAUAGAAUCUGGAGUUGUGGCAUGCACAAGGUCGUCUUGUCCACCUGCUGUGAAUGGUGUUUGGGGUGCUUGGGUAAACAACAAUGAUUGCUCUGUUACUUGCGGAAGUGGACAGGAGACAAGAACACGUACCUGCAAUAACCCAGCUCCAUCUCACGGAGGGAAUGAAUGUAUUGAUUCAAAUGGCGCUAAUGCUUUAACAGAGCAAGAAAAUAUUCCAUGCACACAAAGUCCUUGUCCAGCUGCUGUUGAUGGUGUUUGGAGUGCUUGGAUAAACAACAAUGAUUGUUCUGUUACUUGUGGAGAUGGACAAGAGACAAGAACACGUACUUGCAAUAACCCAGCUCCAUCUCAUGGAGGGAGUCAAUGUGUUGAUUUAAAUGGUGCUAAUGCUUUAACAGAGGAAGAAAAUAUUCCAUGCACACGAAGUCCUUGUCCAGUGCAUGGUGUUUGGGGUGCUUGGGUGAACAACAAUGAUUGUUCUGUUACUUGUGGAAGUGGACAGGAAACAAGAACACGUACCUGCAAUAACCCAGCUCCAUCUAAUGGAGGGAAUGAAUGUGUUGAUUUAAAUGGUGCUAAUGCUUUAACAGAGCAAGGAACUACCCCAUGCACACAAAGUUCGUGUCCAGCUGCUGUUGAUGGUGUUUGGAGUGCUUGGAUAAACAACAAUGAUUGUUCUGUUACUUGUGGAGAUGGACAAGAGACAAGAACACGUACUUGCAAUAACCCAGCUCCAUCUCAUGGAGGGAGUCAAUGUGUUGAUUUAAAUGGUGCUAAUGCUUUAACAGAGGAAGAAAAUAUUCCAUGCACACAAAGUCCUUGUCCAGUGCAUGGUGUUUGGGGUGCUUGGGUGAACAACAAUGAUUGUUCUGUUACUUGUGGAAGUGGACAGAAAACAAGAACACGUACCUGCAAUAACCCAGCUCCAUCUAAUGGAGGGAAUGAAUGUGUUGAUUUAAAUGGUGCUAAUGCUUUAACAGAGCAAGGAACUACCCCAUGCACACAAAGUUCGUGUCCAGCUGCUGUUGAUGGUGUUUGGAGUGCUUGGAUAAACAACAAUGAUUGUUCUGUUACUUGUGGAGAUGGACAAGAGACAAGAACACGUACUUGCAAUAACCCAGCUCCAUCUCAUGGAGGGAGUCAAUGUGUUGAUUUAAAUGGUGCUAAUGCUUUAACAGAGGAAGAAAAUAUUCCAUGCACACAAAGUUCGUGUCCAGUGAAUGGUGUUUGGAGUGCUUGGAUAAACAACAAUGAUUGUUCUGUUACUUGUGGAGAUGGACAAGAGACAAGAACACGUACUUGCAAUAACCCAGCUCCAUCUCAUGGAGGGAGUCAAUGUGUUGAUUUAAAUGGUGCUAAUGCUUUAACAGAGGAAGAAAAUAUUCCAUGCACACAAAGUUCGUGUCCAGUGAAUGGUGUUUGGAGUGCUUGGAUAAACAACAAUGAUUGUUCUGUUACUUGUGGAGAUGGACAAGAGACAAGAACACGUACUUGCAAUAACCCAGCUCCAUCUCAUGGAGGGAGUCAAUGUGUUGAUUUAAAUGGUGCUAAUGCUUUAACAGAGGAAGAAAAUAUUCCAUGCACACAAAGUUCGUGUCCAGUGAAUGGUGUUUGGAGUGCUUGGAUAAACAACAAUGAUUGUUCUGUUACUUGUGGAGAUGGACAGGAGACAAAAACACGUACUUGCAAUAAUCCAGCUCCAUCUCAUGGAGGGAGUCAAUGUGUUGAUUUAAAUGAUGCUAAUGCUUUAACAGAGCAAGGAACUACCCCAUGCACACAAAGUCCUUGUCCAGUGCAUGGAAACUGGAGUGCUUGGAUAAACAACAAUGAUUGUUCUGUUACUUGUGGAGAUGGACAAGAGACAAGAAGUCGUACCUGCAAUAACCCAGCUCCAUCUCAUGGAGGAAAUUUGUGUCUUGAUUCCAAAAAUAAUAGAGUAUGGACAGAGCAAGGGACUAUUCCAUGCACACAAAACCCUUGCCCAGUCAAUGGUGACUGGAGCUCAUGGAGUGGGUGGACAUCAUGUUCGCAAACGUGUGGAACAGGUAACAUGGUGCGGACACGAACAUGUACGAAUCCAACACCAGCCAACGGAGGAGACGAUUGUGCUGUGACGGGAGGAACAAACACGAUUGAAAGUGAAAAUCAAAAUUGUAACCAAUUUCUCUGUCCAGAUUACAAGUGCACAUUUGAGACAGCAGAUUUGGCUCCAACAGAUUGCGGUAUAACAUUUGAUAUUGUUGACACUCGCUGGUUUGUGUGGGCAAAUAGCACACAUUCCCCAGGUACUGGUCCAGCGGCUGACCACACUUAUGGGUUAUCUAAUCCGAUUGGUUACUACAUUUACUUCGAAAGCAGCACUGAAAAAUAUAAUAUAGAUCUAAAUAAUGAGAACGAUUUUGAGCAAACUUACAAUUGGAUUUCAAUAAAAGAUCAAGCCCCAUUUUCUGGUGAUAGGUGUUUUACUUUUUGGAUGCAAAUUUACCAGUCACAAUCGACCGUCCACGAUAUGGGAGUAUUCACUGUCAAGCAAAUUGAUCAAGUGACAAGUACAGAGCAUAUCUUGUAUCAUACUGAUGAAAAUCAAGCAAGUGAUAGUUGGAUACCGCGGAAAGCUCCGUUACACCCCACAGUCAACAACUACGAGAUUCAAUUCUAUGCCACAAAAGGCCACGGACGAAUAAACGAUAAAGGGGUUGAUGAUAUUAUGAUCUUCCCAACUGCCUGCAAUAAUAUUGAGCUAUCAAAUUAUUUCGAUUGAUUCGAAGCAUGCUAUUUUGUCAUGGUGAAGUAUAUGGAUCACUAUUAUUACGGAAUUUGAUGGUUUUUAAGAUGCAGAUGAUAAAUUUUACUGGUGUAUUGGAGUUUAGAAACUUCGAAAGGGAAAAUAGGGAGAAUACUUUAGAAUCAGACAGGGAUGUUACGUCUUUUCAAAUCUGCUCAAAUCUUCCGCAUUUUUUCUUCAUGAAAAAUCUAAAUGCCUAAUCCUAAUAGAUUCUUUACUCUUCGUGAGAAUCACCAAAGCUUCAAUGAAUCUUAAACCUCUUUUAUUUCAAGCCAAAUAAGUUUGUUAAAUAAUUCUACUUAUAACGAAAUUUCGACGGUAAUGACGGAGGCUUGUGUAAACAGCAUACGCGACAGGUCCUGUCAUAAUUAUGUUUGAUUGUCAUUAUCAUACAGAAAACGAUCACCGGUCAGGACGGGAUAAUCCACAACAGACUUCGUAUAAGAUUAUUGGUCACAAUCUGUUACAGUUAACCUAAAAGAGCUGACAGAGACUUUUCAUUAUGAUUUGAAAAUUGUUGCCUUAUUGGUAAAAAAUCCGUCAGUUAUUAAUUCCAUCAGUGAAAAUUCAAUAUUUUCAGCCCACGAACUAUUUCGGCCAGGUGUGUUUGUAGAGAACGAUUUUUUUUUCUUUCUUUUGCGUUCUCAAUUGCUUUUAUUAUUUACCGUCAUUAAAGACGGCUUCUCAGUAUAAGAUUUAAUAAGUCCUAAAAGUAAGGUCUUUCUUUAGACGUUUUUUAUGCAAAAAAAAAAAUACAUCAACAUUUUUAUAUUUAACAGAAAAUCCUUCUUUGGGGAAAAUAUUCGUCGGCUAUUAAUUUUUUUGAUAAAUAAAAAUUCGUCGGUUAAAACAUUCUUUACCAAUCAAAAAAUUCGUCAUUUUUAACUAACAGAUUUAUACCAAUAAGGUAAAAAGGAAAAGCAGGUAUAAAGGUCUAAAAAGUUCUAAAACGUUAGAGUGACAACCCUGAAAAGAUUCUCAUACCAAAUAAUUAAAAGAAAGUUUUUAUAUUCAAACAUAUGUUUAUUGACAUUUAAUUUCACUUUUUAUAAUUUAGUAGUGUAAGGCUGUUUAUAUAGCGUGCGUCUUUAUUACCGCCUUCCAUUGUGGCGUUCUCGGUCGCAAGUCUCAGCGUUUACUGCCUGGUCAUGCGUAUUAGAUUUUUUUUGCCGCAACGCCUGCAUUUUGACAGUUUGAAAGUUAAGACAAGUCAACUUCUAAGCGUUUACAGACCAGCAUCUUAACACCAAGAAGAUAAGAAAAUUGAGCAUUGAAGGCAGACGUUUAAACGCGGAGGAUUGCGACCAGGAACAUUUUAAUGGACGCUAAGGCUGAUUUUGACUUCAAGAAAAUAUUUUAUUAUCACGGUAUAACGCACUGCACAUUAAAAUUUUACCACUUGAUAUUUUGAAAGUAAUUUUCCGAUAUGUUCACCUGUAUGUGUUGA